AUGGGCGUCUUUGAGGGCAAGUUCCCCCAGUGGGCCUACCUCAUUGGCUACAAUGCCAUCUCGGCCCUGCUCUGGACCUUUAUCUUGGGCAGAACCGCUGCGGUUGCCCUGAGCAACGGCUUGAGCGAGGUGUACCUGUAUCCUAGCGUGAGGAUCACGACCCUGCUCACCCAGAGCCUGGCGGCACUGGACAUCUUGCACUCCAUCAUAGGUCUUGUCAAUGCUCCUGUCCUCACCAGCUUUGUACAAGUUGCUGGUCGAAGCACAGUCCUCUGGCUCGUCAUCGAGAACUACCAAUCCUCUGGACUCAGCCCAUUCUACGGCUUGAUGGUUCUUUCCUGGAGCGCCGCGGAUGCAAUUCGAUACCUGUACUUCGCUACCAGACUCGUUGGUGGCCACCAGUACAGCAACUUGACCUGGCUUCGCUACAGCGCUUUCUACAUAUUGUAUCCAGUAGGCAUCGCCAGCGAGGUCGUUGUUGUCUAUGAGACCGUGUCAGAAGCUUGGAGACUAGGCUACCGCUCGCACGCUUGGGCUUACAUUGCCGCCGCAUUACUUUACAUCCCGGCCGCCCCGACUCUGUUCAAUCACAUGAUGCGGCAGCGGAGAAAAGUGCUUGCCCCUGUGAAGAAAUGA